CAGGCGUGUGUACGUGCCACUUUCACGCUGACGGCGCGCGCUCGCUCCGUUUUGACAUUCCGACAUUCACGUCAAACAGAUGUAAACAAUAACAAAGCGAAAAGGAACAUUCUUUCAGUUGCAAUUGCAAGGAGAAAUCGCCACGAUGGAGAGCAAUAAAACGCACAACGACCAGGAGGUGACGGGCGUGUCCCGGAGUGGUCGCGUCUGCAAGAAACCCUCCAAACUGAUGGACUUCCAGUCGCCGGAUGAUAUUGAAGCGAAGCAGAAGAAGCUGCCCGUGUCGCAUCGGCAAUCGGCCAAGCUGUCCUCCUCGCAGGAUGAUUUGCUUUCCCCACAUGAGGAUGGGCACACGGAAUCGGACGAGCACGAGGACUCGCAUUCGAACGGAUCGAGCGGAAGCGAAACGUACAGCAGCGAUGAGGACGCAAUGGACAUUGAGGAAGUGUACACUGGGCUGAACGAUGGUGAUCGGAGCGAGGGUGAGCUGGUGAUUGAUGCUGGCUCGAAGAAACGGCCGACGAAGAAAAGGGCCGAUAAAAGCAGACGCCAAAGCAACAAGAGCCCUAAAGCAGGUGGCAGAAGCUCGGCAGCGAAGCGCAGGAAACCGAACAAACGCACCAAAACGAACUCACUCUCACAGAGCAAGACAAGGAAGGAUAAAGCGGUUCCGACUAAACCGGCCGGAUGCAUGCCGACGGAUGUGGCUGCGCAUCUCAGCCUGCUGGGAGACAGCCUAACGAUCAUUGGAGAACGACUAAAAGAGCAUGAAGGACAAAUUACCGUUUCUGGCAGCUUAUCCGUUCUGUUGGACAGUUUAAUCUGCUCGCUUGGUCCACUGAUGUGUCUGACACUGCAAAUACCCGGCAUGGAGCGGAACUCGGACCAUCUGCGGGAGCUGUUUAGGAACACGCUGGAUAACAUUGCCUACGUAAUGCCCGGAUUGUAGUGGGGGAAACGGAAAGGGCGACGCAUAUCUAUGGUAUUAAGUUAUUGUCCUACAUUGUACAUAAAUCAUUACAGUUACGAAGGUCUGAAAGUGAUUACGAAGGAGUAGUGAUGGGUAAAGUUGGCAAAAAUCCUGAGUCGACUCCAAUCCGACUCUGAUAAUUUCGGAACCGACUUAGGAAGGUAGGUCCUCCCAGCAUUAUUCGGAGUCGUCCGGAGUCAUUGGGCGUCGUCCGAAAUUGAUUGGAGACGGAGUCAUCCGGAGUCGGGCCAGGUCGACCUUCGAAACAGUGGCCUGUAUACGAAGUUCACGAACAAAUUAAAAGACAAAAAACACAACGAAA